CCAUUGUUAUAGUUUAUUAAAGCACGCCAGAGAGACAGGUACAGCAAGAUGAGGGAAGUGUUACUAUAGUCUCAGGGUGUUAUCUUAUUGCAUUCUUAGCUUUUGGUUGGUGGAAGCUAGUGGCCUGUUUAGUCAAUAGAUUCCAAAAAGUUUUUAAUCUUCUAGUCACAAGACGUUAGUUCACACAUAGAGUUGGACAAAUAGCUAGUGUUCUGCAGUGCUAGAUCUAGCCUAGAUAAGGUAAUUAGCCUCUGGAUGGACCUGCAGCAAUCCAAGCUUCCCACUAUAAUGCAGUUCUAGUCAAUGUCUCGGCAGACGCAGCUUCUUCUUCCCUUUCUCCUUCACAACUGUUAACACAUUAAACGUAAAAUGAGCUCAUACUGCCAUUAUUUUCAAAGAGGAGAAAAACAAUUUUUAAAAUCCGGUGAAUACACCUUUUAGAUAUGGAAUCCUGGAGGCACGCUGAGUUCUUUCUUUUUGAGACAGGGUCUCUCUACAAAGUCCUGGCUGUCCUAUGUAGAUCAAACUAGACUUGAACUCAUGGAGAUCCACCUGCCUCUGCUUUCCCAGGGCUGAAAUUAAGGCAUGGGCCAAUGUUCUGCCAGGAUGAGUUCUUUUAAAAAAUGCAGACUCCAACCAACAUUCUUAAAGAGAAUUUCUUUUAAAGACAUAAACAUACAAGUGUUUUAACUGCUCCCCUCCGCCCCCCAAUAACGGAGAUGGGUGAAGGCGUUGUCGGAGCAGAUUAAUUAAUUAAUUAAGGUGAUUAAUCGCUCUGACAGUGUCCACCCUCACCUUUUAACUUUGGAUAAAUACCAAGUUGGAUGCACUCCCUGUGCUGACUCAAAGACACCUGGAGAGACUCAAAACAUCUUUUCUGGCCCAGCCCCUUUCCCCACUAGUCUCUGCAUGGCUGAGUGAGGCCUUGCCCAGUCCGGGGAAUGGUGGAGCGGCGCUCUUUAAGAAGGGAGGCUGAACAUGGCCAGGGGGAGCGCCAGGCGAGCGGCCGGAGCACCUAAGGUUUGUGGGAGUCUUUGGGUGGCCGCGAUGCGGGGGCCGAGGCCAGAUGCACCCGAGACAGUGCGAGGACGUGAGCUCAGGUAGGUUCUCGCGGCCGGACUUCCCUGAGACCCGCAGGCCUGAGGUAGAAGCCUCCCCUCUUCUGCUCCGCAAUCCCAAGAGCGGGCACCGAGAACGCACCCCGAGCCCCGAGCCUAGGCCUCGUGAGGACCCGGACCGCAGCGCCGCGGCCCUGCGCAUCCCUCUCCGUGGACCCGCCCCUCGCCGCGACUCCACCAAUCGGCGGCCUCGUCCACGCGCCGCACCUGGUGGGCGGAGCCGCGCGUCGCCGUCGCAGCGCCCGGUCCCGCCCCCAGCGCGGCGCUCAUCACUCGCUGCGCCGCCCUGCCGCCGGCGGGGAGGAGCGGAAGCCGCUGGCCGGGGACAGACUCCCGCGCCUGUGAGCCGCGGUGCAGGCAGAGCGCGCGCCGGGACCAGCCCGCGGUCGGCCCUCCCGGAGGACGGCAGCCGCUCUCCAUGCCUGUGUGGUGCUGCCGCUGCUCCCUGGCCGGUCAUUUCAGGUGACUUUCCCCCCGGGAUGGGUCGGAGCUGGCUCUGCAGCGUGUGCUCCUCGGCCGCCGCCCGCUGGGCCGGCGCUGCUCGGAGCUCCGUGGACCCCGCUCUUUUCUUGUCCCCUCUUCUUGUUCCUGGACCGCGCGGGUCACAGGACGGCGAGAGUGGCUAGGCCGGCGGUGAGUCGGUUACAUGUAAAUGAAACUAUAGUGACACUGAAACUGAAGGAGAGAUUUUUAAUUCUUUUGUGCAAUAUUUUGGUGACAAUUUGGGGCCAAAAGUUAAAGGGAUGCCAUUAGUUGAAGAAACGUCUUUACUUGAAGAUUCAUCAGUGACUUUGCCUAUGGUAAUAAUUGGAAAUGGACCUUCAGGAAUAUGCCUUUCAUAUAUGCUGUCAGGCUACAGACCGUAUUUAUCAUCGGAAGCAAUACAUCCAAAUACAAUCUUACAUAGUAAACUAGAAGAAGCAAGACAUCUGUCCAUUGUGGAUCAGGACUUAGAAUACCUGUCUGAGGGUCUUGAGGGGCGAUCGUCCAAUCCAGUGGCAGUCCUUUUUGACACCCUUCUUCACCCAGAUGCUGACUUCGGAUAUGAGUCUCCAUCCAUUCUGCACUGGAAAUUGGAACAACAUCAUUAUAUCCCUCACUUAGUUCUUGGUAAGGGCCCGCCUGGUGGGGCAUGGCAUAAUAUGGAAGGUUCUAUGUUGACAAUCAGCUUUGGAAAUUGGAUGGAGCUUCCUGGACUUCAAUUUAAAGACUGGAUAUCUAGCAAACGAAGGAACUUAAAGGGGGACCGUGUCAUGCCGGAGGAAAUAGCUCGCUACUACAAGCACUACGUAAAGGUCAUGGGCCUUCAGAAGAAUUUUCGAGAGAAUACUUACAUAACCUCUGUAUCAAGACUCUAUAGAGACCAAGGUGAUAACGGUAGUCAAGACAGAGAUAUUUCCACAAAGCAUUUACAGAACCAGAAGUCAAAAUUUAUCAAGAGAAACUGGGAAAUCAGAGGCUAUCAGCGAAUAGCAGGUGGUUCUCAUGUUCCCUUUUGCCUCUUUGCUGAGAAUGUAGCUCUUGCAACUGGAACUUUGGAUUCUCCUGCCCAUCUGGAAGUUGAAGGGGAAGAGUUUCCGUUUGUGUUUCAUUCGAUGCCUGAGUUUGGAGCUGCUAUAAACAAAGGAAAGCUGUGUGGCAGAGUGGACCCAGUGCUGAUUGUAGGUUCCGGCCUUACUGCCGCUGAUGCAGUGCUCUGUGCCUAUAACAAUAAUAUCCCUGUGAUCCACGUGUUUCGCAGACGAGUAACUGAUCCAAGCUUAAUUUUCAAACAGCUUCCCAAAAAGCUGUAUCCUGAGUACCACAAAGUCUACCAUAUGAUGUGUAGUCAGUCCUACUCUGCAGACUCAGGUCCUCUGUCUGAUUAUACCAGCUUUCCUGAGCACCGUGUGCUUUCCUUUAAGGCAGACAUGAAAUGCAUUCUUCAAAGUGUCUCUGGAUUGAAGAAAAUAUUUAAGCUGUCUGCAGCUGUAAUCUUGAUAGGUUCUCAUCCUAACCUAUCUUUUCUAAAGGAACAAGGGUGUUACCUAGGCCGUAACUCAAGCCAGCCAAUAACAUGCAAGGGUAACCCUGUGGAGGUUGAUGCAUACACCUAUGAAUGUGUUAAAGAAGCCAAUCUUUUUGCUUUGGGCCCUUUGGUUGGAGAUAAUUUCGUUCGAUUCUUAAAGGGAGGGGCAUUGGGUGUUACUCGCUGUUUGGCUACAAGACAGAAGAAAAAGCAGCAUUUGUUUGUUCAAAGAGGAGGAGGAGAUGGGGUAGCUUAAAGUUCACAAGGAAUUUAAAUGGACACUUUACUAUUAAAGAGUUUUUUAACAGUGGUUUGCAGUGUAUUGGCUUGAAUUAACUGGGAGAGCCUCCAGCUGUCACUCUUCAAGUUAGCAAAGCUUGGUAUCCCAAGUUGUAUUCAAGUGUGUCAAAGGUGUCACUCUCAGAUAAACCCAAACACUGCCAACUUGGUAUAAUUUAUGCUUUCAUUUAACUAGAACAUUCUUUUCUAACUUGGCAUUUAUAAAGCCAGUUAUUCAGACAGAAAUCAUACUUAAUUCAUACUGGGUCACCUUACUGCUCGAGAUGGUCCAAGGGACAAGAGCAUAAGCUUCCUCUGUAGCUCAUUAGGCAUUUAGACUUAACUCCUCUUGCACAGAUCUCCAAGGGUUAUGCGUGUAGUCCCUGACGUUUGAAGUACACUCUCUAAAUGAAAAUGGGCUAUAAAUAUGUUUGAGUAGGAUAGGAGGAAGCAUUUGCAACUCAGGUUUUAUUUAUUUUGAAACUAUCAGUUAUAUAAACCUAAUUUAUUAUCAAAUAUGAUGGUCAUUAAAAAUAUUUUUACAAGUUGAGAUUUUGACAGAUAGGUACUUGAUAUCUUUAACUUCUCAUAAUUUAAUAUUUCAAUAAUGCUGACAUCCAAGAACCCACUAAGAUACUUUUUAGAGAUUUAUUCUGUUUAGCCAUCAUAACAGCUAAUGAAUCUGAUUUGUAAUUCAAUAAAUUGUGGAUGGAACUACUUA